UUAGGUUUCCGCAUCAGGAGGUCCAGUGCAGAACCCUCCCAGUCAUGAAAGUCAGAGGGGAUAUAUAACGUCCUCACAGAGUAUUUAAUCUUCUUGUUCUCUCACUCGCCAAGUUCGUGAAAGGCUACCUCACUUCAAACCAUGUCGGAUUUAAACUGCGGUUCCGGUGGAGGCGCGACUACAUACCCACAGUUGCGCAUCGCAUCGGUUUUCAUCAUCCUCAUUCGGAUCCAUGAGCGGCGCACUUUUUCCAGUCCUUGCUACACGGUCAAGCUGGCUUCACGUUCCCAAAGCCGUCUUUGACUUUGCCAAAUACUUUGGUUCCGGUGUCAUCAUAGCUACAGCCUUUAUUCAUCUCCUCAGCCCCGCUAUAGAGGAGCUUGCAUCUCCAUGCCUGUCACCGGCUUGGCAGGAGUAUCCUUACCCGCUCGCAUUAGCCUUGCUCAGCGUAUUUUCGAUUUUUAUCGUUGAGCUGGUGGCCUUCAGGUGGGGUACAGCCAAGUUGGCGGCCCUCGGUCUGAGUCAUGAUGCGCACGGUCACGGUCUCGGUGCCCUCGCUGCACAUGGACCUGAAGGUGGAAUACCGAAUGACGACUCAACCCCUGAGAAGAGCAAGGAAGAUCUAGAAUCUGCCCAUGAUCAUAAGCACCUGGAUCUUGGUGCCACAGGGCAGAUCAUCGGUGUGUUCAUCCUAGAAUUUGGCGUAUUAUUGCAUAGUAUGCUCAUUGGUUUGACGCUGGCGGUCGAUCCGAACUUCAAAAUAUUGUUUGUUGUCAUCGUGUUUCAUCAGAGCUUUGAGGGUCUUGGAGUUGGUACUCGUCUCGCUCACUUACAGCUUCCCCCAAAGUACAAUUAUGUAGCCAUCUGUGGCGCGCUGCUCACGUACAACCCAAACAGCACCACCGCCUCCAUUGUGAGUGGAGUGCUCGACUCGCUGAGUGCGGGUAUCCUGUUGUAUACUGGUCUCGUUGAGCUUCUUGCUCACGAGUUUAUCUUCAAUAAAGAAAUGAUCAACGGGUCUAACGGACGCGUUGCUUAUGCCCUCUCAUGCAUGCUUUUCGGAUGUGGCAUUAUGGCGCUGCCUGGGGCGUUGGGCAUAAUAGUCAUCAAGUCAUCAAUAUGUUAUGACCGUCUAGUGUAAUAUCGGAGAUCUCACUGGUUGACAGUUGCAGUUCUAGCUAUUGCACCGGAACCUAUUUUCAAGCUAUGGUGGUC